UUCCGGCACCAUGUCGGUGAGAACGCUGCCGCUCCUCUUUUUGAACUUGGGCGGGGAGAUGCUUUACAUCCUAGACCAGCGGCUGCGGGCCCAGAACAUCCCGGCAGACAAGGCCCGCAAAGUUCUGAAUGACAUCAUCUCUACCAUGUUCAAUAGAAAGUUCAUGGAAGAAUUGUUCAAACCCCAAGAGCUCUAUUCCAAGAAGGCCUUAAGAACCGUGUAUGACCGCCUGGCUCAUGCUUCCAUUAUGAGACUGAACCAGGCCAGCAUGGAUAAGCUCUAUGACCUGAUGACUAUGGCUUUCAAAUAUCAAGUAUUGCUGUGUCCUCGUCCCAAGGAUGUGCUGCUGGUUACUUUCAAUCAUUUAGAUGCCAUCAAGGAAUUCAUCCAAGACUCCCCAACUAUCCUGAAUCAAGUGGAUGAGACUUUCCGGCUGCUGAUUGACGUGUAUGGGAGUCUCUCUGCUGGGGAGUUCCAGCUGAUCCGGCAGACGCUCCUUACCUUCUUCCAGGACCUGCACAUUCGAGUGUCAAUAUUUCUAAAGGACAAAGUUCAAAAUUCGAAUGGUCGCUUUGUGUUGCCAAUUUCUGGGCCUGUUCCCUGGGGAACUGAAGUUCCUGGCCUCAUCAGAAUGUUCAACAAGAAAGGCAAAGAAGUGAAGAGGAUUCAGUUCCACCAUGGUGGGAACUACACUACUGCAUCCAAAGAAGGUUCUUUUGAGCUUUAUGGAGACCGAGUCCUAAAACUGGGAACUAAUAUGUACAGUGUGAAUCGACCUGUAGAAACACAUAUGUCUGGAACAUCAAAGAACUUAGCUUCACGGACAGAGGAAAGUAUUACUCCCAACCCUCUUGCUAAAGAAGAGCUGAACUUCUUGGCCCGGCUGAUGGGAGGAAUGGAGUGUAAGAACCCCAGUGGCCCUGAGCCAGGAUUCCGUCUGAAUCUCUUUACUACUGAUGAAGAAGAGGAACAAGCAGCUUUAACCAGGCCAGAAGAGUUAUCCUAUGAAGUUAUCAACAUACAAGCUACCCAGGACCAGCAAAGGAGAGAAGAGCUGACUCGGAUCAUGGGGGAGUUUGAGAUCACAGAGCAGCCACGACAGAGCACCAACAAAGGAGAUGACUUGCUCGCCAUGAUGGAUGAGUUGUAGUGGGGCUGGCCGGGCUCCCCCUCAGCCGGCUUGGGACAGGCUGUCUGCUGACCACUCCUGGGGAAGGCCCCAGGGUCCUAAAUGAUGCUGCUAGUUUUCUACCAAGUGAAGCCAUUACCUCCUGUUCUUGUUUACGUUGUUGUGAACAGUGUAAGUGUCUGUUGGGAAGCACAGUCUUUUGAAGGCACACAUAUAUUUUCAGCAAAAUAGAUUCUGGCUUUGAAGCUGG